GGAUUAAAAGUAGGUCCCGCGUUCAAACAGGUAACGUGAUUAGAGGACAGUCGUGAGAAUGUCUCAGGCGAUGACUCAUAAUACACCAGCGCGGAUGUAUAAAUACAGGCACAGGGUCACGCCUUGCUCCGCUCCUAUUGGUUAAAUGAUUGUGACGUCUUAUAUGACGCUCCCUUGUUAGCGAGCGAGCGCGCGUAGUAGCAGCCGGCUAUCUGUGGCAUAACAGAUGUGCUUAAGUAGCGGCCAUGUUGGCAGGGGCGGCGUUCCUAUCAAAGGCAAUGCAAUGACAUUGAAAUUAAUUCGUAACUUGCCAAUUUCUCAACCAGUUUUAAUGAAGUUUUCUUUUUUUGUCAAUAACAAAGCGUGUGAUAUUAAUACAGACCAUUUGAAAAAAAGUCCAAAAAAUACUUUUCCCCGUGAAAAGUGUAGCAUCCGUGCUCUUUUUUUGGUUUCUUGCCGUCCACACACAUGAAAUGCGCUGACGACAUUGCCCCUAGUUUAGUGUUGCCGUAGGCACGCAGCUCAAAAGGGCCAUGUCUUAUAUACCUGUGUUCAUAACUAUGCUUGGUACAGCGAAAAAAGACUGUUAACAUUCGCCUUCAGGAUUUUCUGCUAAAGACCAGAAUUCAUGGUUCCAUUAAUCAUAGCAAGUUGUCCAGGUCCUGAAGGAGCAGGUCAGCCCCAGACCUGAUGUAUGAUGUUCUUUUUCUGAAAUGCUGUGCUACAUUUACGUCAGAUGUAAUGAGACACACCUUCCAAAAAGCUCAACUUUCAUCUCAUCAGUCCAUAUAAUAUGCUCCCAAAAGUCUUGGGAAUCAUUCAGAUGUUGUUGUUGUUUUUUUUGGGGGGGGGGAGUAAGACGAGCCUCUGUUAUUUUUGUUCAGCAGUGGUUUUCGCCAUGGAACUCUGCCGUGGAUGCCAUUUUUGCCCAGUCUCUUCCUUAUUGUUAUAUCAUGAACACUGACAUUUACCAAGGCAAGGGAGGCCUGUAGUUCUUUAGAAACUGUCCUGAGUUCCUUUGUGGCCUCGUGGAUUAGUCAUUGCUGUUCUCUUGGGGUAAUCUUUGGAGGCUGGCCACUCCUGGGAAGGUUCACCACUGUUCCAUUUUAUUUCAGGAUAAUGGCUCUCCCUAUGGUUUUCUGGAAUCCGAAAGCUUUACAAAUAGCUUUUAUAACUGUUUCCAGACUAAUGUCAAUUACUUUAUUUCUUGACUUUUCUGGAAUUUCUUUGGAUCAUGUAAUUUUGUUGCAUCUUUUUUAGAUGUUUAGUCUGACUUGAUUUUGUCUGGACAGAUUCUGUUGAAGUUAUUUCUUAAUUGAACAGGUCUGGAGGUCAUCAGGCUUGGGUGUGAUCAGCGAAAAUUAACCAAAAAUUGUGAUUAGCCACAAUUAAUUCAUGAUUUAACAAGGGAGGUAAUUCCUUUUUUUGAAUUUUUUCUUUAAUAAAUUAAAUCACCAUUUAAAAACAGCAGUUUAAGUUCACUGGGGUUAUAUUUGUCAGUUAUUUACAUUUGAUUGAUGAUAUUAAACAUUAAAGUGGGGAAACAAUGCAAAAAUAUAAGAAUUUGAGAAGAAUACUUUUUCAUGGUACUGUAUUUAAUGUUCAAACUGAUGAACAUUAUUGUUUCUUAAAAAUAUUCUGUCAUUACAAAUCUGAUACCCGUAACACAUUGGAACGACUAGGAAUGUUGAGGAAUACUUAAAAAACAUCUGUUUGGAACAUUCCACCGAUGAACAGGUUAAUUGGAAACAAGUGAGUGUCAUGAUUGGGUACAAAAGGAGCAUCCACAAAAGGCUCACUUAUUCACAAGCAAGGAAUGGGUAAGGUUCACCACUUUGUAAAGAACUGUGUGAGCAAAUAGUCCAGCAGUUUAAGAAAGACAUUUCUCAACAUACAAUUGGAAGGAAUUUAGGGAUUUCCUCAUCUGCAGACCAUAAUAUCAUCAAAAUAUUUUGAGAAUCGGGAGAAAUCUCUGCACGUACGUGCCACGGCCGAAAAGCAACAUUGAACGCCCAUGACCGUCAAUCCCUUAGAUUGCACUGCAUUAAAAAUUGGCAACAUUGUGUAGCAGGGGUGUCAAACUCAUUUUUGUCCUGGGCCACACUGUAGUUAUGGUUUCCCUUAGAGGGCUUUUAUGACUGUAAAAUGAUAUGAAUGUAUAAUCGCCUCAUUACAUACAGACAUUAUUACAUACAGUAUAAACCCCAAAAAUGUAUAGAAAACAAGUUUUGAACUAUGCAGUCAAGGAAAACUAUUUGUUAAACCGUUGUUCAAUUUAUUUUAAAAACUGGUUUGGUCACAUAAAACGCUUGCAGUCUCAACGUUAUUCAUUUUGGAACAGAUUUUAGCAAGAAACAUGGGCCACAUAAAAUGAUGUGGUGGGCCGCAUCUGGCACCCGGGCCUGGAGUUUGACACCUGUGGUGUAAAGAAUAUUGCCACGUGGGCUCAGGAACACUUCAGAAAACCAUUGUCAGUUAACUCAGUUGAUCGCUACAUCUACGAAUGCAAGUUAAAACUCUACCAUGCAAAGCGAAAGCCACAUAUCAACAACGCAGAGAAAUGCCGCCGGCUUCUCUGGGCCCGAGCUCAUCUGAGAUGGACUGACGCAAAGUGGAAAAGUGUGCUGUGGUCUGAUGAGUCCACAUUUCAAAUUGUUUUUAGAAAUUAUGGACAUCAUGUCCUCUGGGCCAAAGAGGAAAAGGACCAUUUGCAUUGUUAUCAGCGCAAAGUUCAAAAGCCAGCAUCUGUGAUGGUACGGUUGUGUGUCAGUGCCCAUGGCAUGGGUAACUUGCACAUCUGUGAAAGUACCAUUGAUGCUGCAAGGUACAUACAGGUUUUGGAGCAACACAGCGUAUGCUGCCAUCCAAGAACUGUCUUUUUCAGCAAGACAGUGUGAGUACUAGACUCUCCCAUUGAAAAUGUGUGGCGUAUUAUGAGUCACAAAAUACAACAAUUGAGAUUCCUGACUGUUGAGCAACUGAAAUUGAACAUCAAGCGAGAAUGGGAAAGAAUUCUACGUACAAAGCUUCAAAAGUUAGUGUCUUCAGUUCCCAAAUGUUUUUUGGGUGUUGUUAAAAGGAAAGGUGCUGCAACGCAGUGCUAAACAUGCCCUGCCAAGCUUUUUUUUUGUAAUGUGUUGAGGCAUUAAAUUCAAAAUAAGUGAAUAUUUGCGAAAAAACACAGUACAUUAAAGUUAAUCACUUUGAACAUCUUGUCUUUGUAGUGUAUUCAAUUGAAUAUAGGUUGUAAAGCAUUUGCAAAUCAUUGUAUUUUGUCUUUAUUCAUGUUUUACACAAUGUCCCAUUUUCAAUGGAAUUUGGGUUUGUAAAGGGAUGGAUGGAUGGAUGGAUGUUCCACUAUAGAAACCAACAAGCCUCACAGAUGUUCGGUCUUACCUGACAGACGCAACUCUGGGCAAAGCACCACAAUUACGUGCUCCACCACGCCCUCUAGUGUCUAAACGCCAGAAGGAAAAAAGUUGCCACGACUGCAGCAGUUGGGCAAGCGUCGCUGCUCAAACAUGUGGAAGUUGGUGAGCUACUACACGCUGUGCGUCUUUGUGUGCUCCCAUCUCCGUUUGACGAGCGUUUGGGCGGACGAUGAGGUCAAGAUCGAAGUGGUGUACCAGCCCGAGACGUGCGAAAAGAGGAGCAAGAAGGGAGACCUGAUGAACGUCCACUACGACGGCUUCCUCGCCAAAGAUGGGUCGCAAUUUUACUGCAGCCGACACGACAAAGCCGGCCACCCGCAGUGGUUCAUCCUGGGUGUGGGACAAGUCAUCAAGGGCCUCGACAUUGGGAUGGUCAACAUGUGUGCGGGAGAGAAGAGGAAAAUAACCGUUCCAUCGGCCUUGGCCUUUGGAGAGAAAGGCAAAGGUCCUGUCCCACCCAAUGCGACAGUGGUAUUUGAGGUGGAACUCUUCUCCGUGUCCAGGGGUCCACGCAGCAUGGAAGCUUUUGGACAAAUAGAUGUCGAUAAAGACCGAAGUCUCACAAAGGCCGAGAUCAAAGAGUACUUGAAGCUGGAGUUUGAAAAAGACGGCAAGCCACGAGACAACUCCUUCUACGAGAAGAUUAUCACAGACAUCUUCCGCAAGACCGACGGCGACAAAGACGGUAUCAUCAGUGCCAAUGAGUACAACAUUUAUCAACAUGAUGAGCUCUAGUCCUUUCUACUUGUAGUAUAUUGAAGGAGUUAUCAUUUCUUCUCUGGCCCGUCAACCCCCCCCCCCCCCCCCCCCCAUUAUUUUCAUCUACAAUGUGUUUUGGGGUCUGAAGGCAGCAAAGUCUUAAAACUUUUUUUUUUUUUUCUGUAUCAACACAGAGGGUGUUUCAUUUUGUACAACUGAAAAUAAUCUUUAAUGCCACACAAUCGAGGUGCUUUUGUCAUCUAUUGUGUUACAUUUUGUUUCUAAGGAACAGCAAUAAUAAAUGGACCCGGGAGUGUUUAUCUAAAAAGGUCACAAAACGGAAAUAAAAAUCCUUCAAAACACUGUUUUCAUUUUUUUUUAAGGAACAAGCAGCUCCCUGGGUCAUUGAAACAAACGACCCGGGUUAUGCCUACUUAUCCAAAACUGUUAGGAACAGAAUAGACCCCCCUAAAACACCGUUUUGUUUGGUUUACAGGAAGGGCAAACAUUUGACCCAGGGUGUGUCUAUCAAAGUGUCCUAAACAAUAACACCCCCCCCCCCCCACACACACAAUAUUGUUACUUUUGUGUCUCAGGAACAGCCAUUAUGUCCCAGGGUAAAUAUGAACCAGUUGUGUUUAAUUGUCCAAAAGUGUCAGAAAUGGGGGAAACAAAAUCCCAAUAAACAUGUUUUUAUCUUG